AUGGGUCUUUCAUAUAACACAUACCUAACCAGUAAUAAAAUAUACGGCUGCAAGAGCUGCAAGACGCAUUUGAGUACGCACGAGGAGAUUAUUUCACGGAAUUUCCGCGGCCAACACGGAAAAGCCUAUCUCUUCGGCACCGUCGUCAAUAUCCUCCCAGGCGACCCCUCCGAAAGAAAUAUGACGACUGGCCGGCACAUCGUCAGAGAUAUAACCUGUAAGCGCUGUAACGAGUGUGUGGGUUGGAAAUACGAUAAGGCGUAUGAGGCGAGCGAGAAAUACAAGGAGGGAAAAUAUAUUCUGGAGGCGGAGUUGUUGUGUAAUGUUUGUUAGGGGAGGGAUUGAAGUUGCAGGAGGGGGGAGAUACUAGAGAAUGAAGGGAAACGGAAAGGGACAGGGAGAUGGAAACAAGGAGUCUGGCAUCAGCAUUUCUUUUAUUCUUACUUUUACUUUUAUACACGCACGAUCGACCACAGCGACUACAUGUCCGGAGUUUAGAAUCUCGAGAGCGGGAUAAUCUUAUGCGAUUGGGUUGGGAGUCUGCGUUACAGAUGAGAAGGUGUUUUUUUGAUUUCCUUUCUUUUUUUUUUUGCACGGGAGAAUAUUAAUGGGGGUUUUAUUUGGGAGGAAGGAAGGAUGGAUGGGAAUGGCGAUCUGGAUGUGGAUUUAGUUAUGGAUAUGGAUAUGGAUACGGUAUUAGGAGGCGUGUAAUUUUCCUGAAAGAACUGCUUUGGUCGUUACUUGAGAUACGUACAGAAUAUUUAUACAAUGAUCUAAUCUGAUUUUAUUUGGUUCAAU